AUGCACACUUCACCUCAUGAUUCUGCCUCAUCACACUCACCUCAUGAUUCUUUUGCCUCAUUUCACACUCACCUCAUGUCUCAUGCCUCAUCACAAUCACCUCAUGUCUUCUGGCCUUCAUCACACUCACCUCUAUGUCUCUGCGGCCUCAUCACAAGUUCACCUCAUGUCUCCUUGCUCUCAUUCAGCACCCACCUACGGGAGGUCCUCGGUCUCCUGACGCAGGUGUACUCCGCUUCACCUGGCCGGAGCGACAUCACCUACCUCGAUACGGUUCUGGAACGACUGAAAUCUUGCUACCGCGGGGUCACCAGCCAACAGAACAUCAUGGAACCUUCUCCGCCAGCGCCCCCGUCAGGUCAUCCUGGGUCGGUUCCCUCGCCCUCCGCCACCAGGUCACCGGUUCCCCUGAGACCGCCGCUCGUCUCCGUUUCGGAUAUUGAACAGCGCCUCGUGUUCACCAAGUUCACGCAGUAUGCGUUUCCCUCCCUCGCAGCCGUUCGCGCCUCAACGACAGCGGCGCCAGUGCGGUCUUCGGCGGGCGAGAUCAGCAAGUUCGAAGGGCGCCACCUCAAGCAGUACUGGCUCAUGCUGUUCACGGACCUCCUCCUGUUCACGAAGAUCAACCGGGACCGGGUGAUAUUCGGAUGGGAGACCCGGUGCCACUCUGUGCGGGGUGUGCCAGGCGAUAUAUCACGGUCAAGAAGAAAGGUCUUGAAUGGGCUAGCGACCCCGGCAACCCAGGCUUCACGAACUCAAACCUUCUCUCUCUCUCUCUCUCUCUCCCUCUCAUUCUCCAGGUACGUGUGUCAACAGCAGCAAGCGACGCCACAAGUCUACGGGGAAAACGCUGCCAGUCUCGCCCGGGCAGUCAGCACGGACGGUCUGUACUUCUCCAACCCUGCGCGCUCGGGUCGCUACAGCAGCUCGGUGGGCGACUUGAGACGAGGGGGAGGCGAGCUGGAGGGUGAGGUCGUGAUCGAACUUGACGAUGAACCCCGGAAGGCCUCGUCGACCUCGAUCGCCGCCGUGUCGACCUCUUCGCUCUCGAGAGUGAACCACCGAGUCAAGGGGCGAGGAGGGCCUUCGGAAGACCUCGUCCUCGACAUCCACGAUGAGGACCCGAAGACCACCGCGCGCGUCGCCAGGGCCGCCAAGUACUCCCGGGGCAAGGUGAAGCGCAACGUCGAGGAGGAGAUCACGCUCGCCCUCGACGACGACGAUGGAGCGGACAGUGCCUUAGCCAACCAGAACCUCCGCCACAACUCCAUCCCCAACAUCGUCGUCUCGCAGAACGCCGACGAUGAGCCCUUCGACCCCGACCUCUCCCGCGUCUGCGAGGACUACGACGAGGACAUCAUCAUCGAGGACCUGAGGACGGGCAACCGCUCCUACGUGGUGGACCCGCGCAAGCCCAAGGGCCUCGGCGGGAGGGUCAAGGACAGGCUGUUCCCCAACCGCCAUCUGCCCAAGAAGAAGAAGAUGAACCGCGCCCAGAAGGUCGAGAAGUACGUGGACUCGCUGGUGGUGGAGGACGAGAUGGGCCGCGUCACGCCGGUGUUCGAGCGCGAGGAGGACCUCACGCACGACGACUUCGAGCAGAAGAGGAAGGACCUCCUGCAGCGCAAGCCCAAGAACUUCAUCGAGGGCGAGGAGGAGAUCAUAGCCUUGGACUUCCCCUCGACGUCGGGCUCCCAGAUGCCCUCGACGGCGGCGGAGGAGCGGCGGAAGGGCGGCCCGAGGAAGGGCGGGGACAAGCGCUCCGCCAUGAGGCUGGAGGGCAUCGAGGAAGAGGUCAUCGAGAGGAGCUCCGUUGUCGAGGCGCCGACGAGGCCGGAGACCAUCCUCUCGCCCGAAGGGUACGAGGACUACAUCGGCGACGCCCUCGAGGACGACUACCCGGAGCUCGCGGGGACCACAGACGCGGCUCUGGACAACCAGCAGCUACAGAUUCAGCAGCAACUGAUCCAGCAGCAGCAGGAGCAGGAGGAGCAGCUGGCGUUAGAAGAGGAGGAGCGGCAGGCCCAGCUGAUGUACGAGGAGUACCAGCGGCAGCAGGCAGAACCCACAGGUCCUCUUUCAGGUUCGGAAUCAAUGUGUUUUAUGGAUGACCACAGCCCCACCAGUAAUGGUAACUGUGAUUACUACCAUAGAUGCGUAGCUAAGUGCCCACAUGAGCGGGCUAAGGCGUCCCGUGGCGGGGACAGCGUAGUUACCGUUAAUGUGAUUGGCCGCAACCCCGACGCUAGUGAGGUCGCGUGUAGAACCAUAGAUGACGAUAAUGUUACCUGUAGAACCAUACCUGAUAUCCAAGGAGUAACCUGUAGAACCAUACCCAAUAGCCAUGAGGUGACCUGUAGAACCUUUCCCGAUAAUACAGAAGUCUCAUGUAGAACUAUUCCCGAAGUCAAUAACAGUGUAACCACUAAUGCUAUGUGUGACAACAAUGUGCUGAACAAUAACGAGAGUAUGAAUAGUUUUGCUACUCAGUUUAGAACUAGUUGUGUCGCUAGCGGUGUGACGGAUAGUGUACGUAACGAGAAGCAAGUAAGAACUAGUGUCAGUAGUUCGACCAGUGCCUCAGCCGAUUCCAGGAACAGCAGUACAAGCGCCUCCGAGCACAGUAGCAUGUCCAUAAGCACAGGUAGCGUGUCGAGUAACGUGUCGAGCGUGAACAGGAACAAGACGAGACUGUUCCUCCCCACGAGUACAACGAGCCUCCCCGAGAUAUCCGUAGAGCCCCCCACCCCCCAGGCCCCCAAGCCCAAGGACACCUUCGACCGAGAGAACAAAAUCAAGUAUGACCUCAAAGUGCCUGGUUACCGUAGCAUGUUCCUCACUGUCCCUGGCUUCGACGACGACGACGCGGAGAGGUUCCUGCCGAGGUACAGCCUCGACAGCGACGACGAGGACGACGACGAGGAGAGCAGCAGCGAGGACGACGACGUUGUUCAUAAACCCAGAGUGUUGUCUUCCCUCGCAGGUGUGGCGGAGUCGCGGGGCCUGAAGCGCUACGGCAGCAGCUGCGACAUCUCGCGCUUCGAGCAGGGCGACGGCGGCGGCUACGACCGCAGCAACGACUUCAACGGGAACGUGGAGGCGUUCGGGCGCACGUCCAAGGUGGGCGGCACGGGCUCGGGCGCCUUCGUGGCCGGCAAGCUGGCCAUGUUCGAGAAGGUCAACGAGGAGGAGUACCAGCGGUUCGUCGAGUGCCAGGAGGUGCGCAGGCGCGUGUUCCGGCCGCCCCGCAAGAGCGGCGAGUACAUCGAGAAGUUCUACAGCCCGCAGGUGAUCGACAACGUCGACGCCCGCGCCACGGAGAGGGGCCGCAGCCUCCGCUAUUACGACGACGAGUACGACAGCUUCGACAACCCGAGGUCGCAGGCGUCGCCCACCCCCGAGAGGUCGCCCACGCCCGACAGGACGUACUCGCCGGCGGUGCGGGCGGCGUCGGCGCGGGCGCACACCGAGUACAUCACCACCAACAGCGACUCCAAGAGCCUGCUCAGCGGCUGCUCCAGCAACGUCUACGCCAGCCCCUGCAAGGCGCCCCGCUCGCCCUCGCCCGUGCAGGACUACGGCUACAGCGACUUCGACUACAACACCUACGACUACGUAGGCGAACGCCAGAAGUCGCCCUCGCCCACCAACGACUUCUCGGACAUCCUGCGGGACUCGCCGGCGCUGCAGACGAGCUACGACUUCGCGGGAACCAGCAGGGCCAGCACGCCCGUCGCCAGCGCCGCCUCGCCGCCGCCGCCCGCCGUCGCCGUCAGCCUGGAGCAGCAGACGGACGAGGUGCGUCGCGGCUGCGGCAAAACUUUAAAACAGGCCAAUGAUAUAUGUAGCCACCUUGCUUAUCUCUACAUCCAGGUGGAGUAG